AUGGCUUCCGAGCACAAGACGAAGUUGUCCAAGAAUCUGCUGCGCAUGAAGUUCAUGCAAAGGGGAUUGGACUCAGAAACCAGGAAACAGCUAGAAGAGGAAGAGAAGAAAAUCAUUAGUGAAGAACACUGGUACUUGGAUUUGCCAGAACUUAAAGAGAAAGAGAGUUUCAUAAUAGAAGAGCAGAGUUUUAUGCUAUGUGAAGACCUUCUCUAUGGAAGAAUGUCAUUCAGAGGAUUUAAUCCUGAGGUUGAGAAAUUAAUGCUUCAGAUGAAUGCCAAGAACAAAGCAGAAGACAUUGAAGAUGAAACAGUAGAGCUCGAUGUGUCCGAUGAAGAAAUGGCUAGAAGAUAUGAGACCUUGGUGGGAACAAUUGGAAAAAAGUUUGCCAAGAAAAGAGACCGUGCCAAUUAUGAAGAAGAUGACAAUGGAAACCUGAAACCAAUUAAAGCAAAGAUGAUGUUCUUAAAGCCCCAAGAUUAAAAUGAAUGCCCUAGGAUAUGAUUCCAGGAUGCCCCAUGAAAAUUAUAUUUUGAAACUCAUUCCAGUUGUUUCUCUAUGGUUAUUAGUACUAUAUUGUAUAUUUAUAAAGAAAUGUGUAAUUUUUGGAAACAUGCUGUUUUUGAAACAGAUGUGUGAUGGAUGUUAUACAUCCUUUGCUUAAUAGUAUUCAUCAGGAAUGGGUUUUUAGCCCUUGAUCUUCAAAUGUACAUGUGUACAUGUAUGUCUCCUCAAGAUUUUUUUACCUCAGCCUUUUAAAAUAAAGCUGUCUAGUUACUGACUUGGAUUAACUCAGAUAAAUUAAUAUCAGUGUUUAAAUUGCCUUUAUGUAUAUAUUUUACUUUUAAUUAUUCAUCAGGUUAAGACUAAUUUAUACAUACAAUUUUGAAAACAAAUGUCUUAUGGGAAUUUUCCACUCCAACCUGAAAGUAUUUGUAUUUGCAUGCUGCCAAGUCAUUGUUAGUGUAUGGUAUUAUAGUUAUUUGCUUAAAGCCCUUAAUUAAAAAUAUAUGUAUUCUGAAAUAAAGAUGUUUUCACAUA